GUCACGACGGCGUUAAAACAAAAUCGUCUUGCGGGAGGCGCCUUCCCAGAGUCCCGCGCGCGCGAACAUGGAGGAGCUGGUGGUGGAGGUGCGCGGCUCGAACGGCGCCUUCUACAAGGCUUUUGUGAAGGACAUUCUGGAGGACUCUCUAUUAGUGGCAUUUGAAAACAACUGGCAGCCUGAGCGUCAGAUCCCAUUCCACGACAUCCGACUGCCUCCUCCGGAUGACUUCAACAAGGAGAUUGGCGAGGGUGACGAGGUGGAGGUGUUCUCUCGGGCCAAUGACAAUGAGCCGUGCGGCUGGUGGUUGGCGCGGGUCCGCAUGAUGAAGGGAGAGUUCUAUGUGAUCGAGUACGCGGCGUGUGAUGCAACGUACAACGAGAUCGUGACGAUAGAGCGUCUACGACCCACCAACCCCAACAAGGCGAUUGGAAAGAACGCGUUCCACAAAUUUUCCAUCCCUGUGCCCGAGGACCUCAAGCCACACUGUGCGAGUGAUGCUGUUCACAGGGACUUUAAGAAGGCAAUUGGUGCCACAUCCAUACAGUUUGAUGCCGAGAACAGUCGGUUGGUAGUGGUGUCUACGAGCGACACGACCGUAAAGCGUGCCGGACUGCUGAGCGACAUGCACUUCCGGAGCAUCCGUACCAAGCUGCUGCUCCGCACGCGCAACGAGGAAGCCACCAAGCAGCUAGAGAACACCAAGCAGCUGCAGUCAGGUUUCCAUGAGGAGUUCAGUGUGCGUCCGGAGCUCAUGGGGCUGGCGAUCGGCACGCACGGCGCGAACAUCCAGCAGGCGCGCAAGGUGCCCGGCGUGACCGCCAUCGAGCUGGACGAGGACACCAGCACCUUCCGCAUCUAUGGGGAGACUGCCGAGGCUGUGAAGGCUGCUCGCAGUUUCCUGGAGUUCAUGGAGAAGCCCAUGCAAGUCCCGCGCGACCUCGUCGGGAAGGUGAUCGGGAAGAGUGGGAAGGUGAUCCAGGAGAUCGUGGACAAGUCUGGGGUGGUACGCGUACGCAUCGAAGGAGACAAUGACAAAAAGCUGCCGCGUGAAGAGGGCAUGGUUCCCUUCAUCUUUGUGGGUACUAAAGAGAACAUCAGCAAUGCCCAAGUCCUGCUUGAGUACCACCUGGCCUACCUGAAGGAGGUGGAGGAGCUACGACUCGAGCGCCUCCAGAUUGAUGAACAGCUGCGGCAGAUCCGGCUGGGCCCACGCGCCGGUGGACCCGGUCGCCCCGACCGGGACAAGGGCUACCUGACCGACGACAGCACUGCUGCCGCCUCCCAACAACAGCAGCAGCAGCAGCAACGCAAUGCUCGCUCCUAUAAUGGCCGGGGUCGGGGCGGGCGCCGUGGAUACACGUCUGGAUACAGCACGAACUCUGAGCUGUCGAACGCCUCCGAGACGGAGUCGGAGCGACGGGAGGAUCGGCGUGGCCGGGGCGGCGGAGGCGGCUCUGGAGGCGGCGGCGUGGCCGGGGACACCGCCGAGCGCAAGGAGGAGACGCGCAGCCGUCGGGGUGGCAGCAGCGGUGGAGCCAGCGCCGCGCGGGGCCGCGGGGGAACCUCUGCAGCAGCCGGGCCAGUCAAGGGCGGCGGAGGCGGCGGAGGCGGCGGAGGAGGUGGCGGAAGCGGCAGCAGCAAGCCCGGGGCGACCAGCAUCAGCUCCGUGCUGCGCGACCCGGACAGCAACCCCUUCCGGCUGCUCGGGGAGCAGCAGGCGGAGGCGGAGCUCGCAGCCGACACGGACGGCAGCGAGACCCAGCUGAGGCCUCGGCGCCGGCGUUCGCGCCGCCGCCGCGCCGACGAGGAGCCCUCGCUGAUGGACACCGUGAGCGAGUCGGACAGCGCGUCCGUCAACGGCGCCGAAGAGAGUGACGAGCCCAGGCCCCAACGGCGAAACCGGAGUCGGCGCCGGCGCCGGGCCCCGGCCUCCGGCUCGCUCAGCUCUGACCGGCAGAUCCCAGUGACGGUGGCCGACUACAUUUCUCGAGCCGAGUCCCAGAGCCGGCAGCGACCACCCACCAAGGAGCCUCCACAUCCGGCACGGGCAGACGGAUCCCUGAGUGGGGACAGCCCCGGAGCUCCUUCGAAUGGCGGUGAUAUCGCCGCCGCCGCCACCACCGCUGUUCCCAGUGCCGCUAAACAGCAACGGCCUCCUAAAAAGGGCGACCCCACAGAUGGGAAAACUGAAGUGGGUCCGGCUGAGAUGCUGCUAAACGGCUGAAGCGUAACCGGCACCAGGGCUUGCCCCCACCUCCCGCGCCCUCGGUGCGAGCGCGUGUUUGUGAGUCCGUUCAUGCGUGCGUUCAUCCAUGUGCGUUUGUGCACGCGCGUGUGCGAAACGCGGCGCUCCGUAGUUCGCUGCAAAUGUUAACGCGCGCCGAGUCCCACAGGGCAAAGCCAAAAGAUAAGCGCUUGCGUUGAGAACCUGUGAAUAGCGAUGAAGUAAAAAAUGGAGCCAUUUUCAAUUUGAGCCCCACACGAGAGACAGGUGGUGGUGUGCCUUGUUACGAUAGCGGUACGGGGCUGCUCUGCAUCGGCGUCUCGUCUCCGGCGCAGGGAGAGCGGCGGAGAAAUUUGACCACAAUUGUAAGACGUAAAAUCGCAAAUGACAAGAAUUGUUCGCCCACAGUAUGAACACUUUGUUUACUUUUGGACAAGCACUCUGGCUGGGAAUUGCUGUGCGCGUGAUGCCAUCACUCGGGCCGUACACAGAGUUUCUCUUUUCCUGUACGUGUGGUUUGGCGCAAACCCGUAAACCUAAUCGUAUGUAAGACUACAGACGCGAAACUGUGGAAUCUGAUCCCAUGCUUUCUGGCGUUGCCAAAUAAAUGCAUUUGUUACAACGUU